AUGCACUCAGUGGGCCCUGCUGUCUUGCAGAUGUGUCACGCAGCCACCAGUGCCUUCUGCCGAUCCAUUAAGCUACAGUGUGAGCUCUACCCCUCUAGAGAAGUGGCCAUCUGCUUGGACCCUUACUGUGGACUUGGGUUUGUUCUGUGGUGCCUCUGCAGCGUCUACUCUGGGCACCAGUCUAUUCUCAUUCCGCCUUCUGAGCUGGAAACCAACCCUGCUUUGUGGCUUCUGGCCGUCAGUCAGUACAAAGUCCGGGAUACGUUUUGCUCCUAUUCGGUGAUGGAGCUUUGUACCAAGGGGCUAGGCUCGCAGACAGAAUCCCUCAAGGCACAAGGACUGGACUUGUCCCGUGUAAGGACCUGUGUGGUGGUGGCAGAAGAACGGCCUCGAAUAGCACUCACCCAGUCCUUCUCAAAACUCUUCAAAGACCUGGGCCUCCAUCAGCGGGCUGUUAGCACCUCGUUUGGCUGUAGAGUGAACCUGGCCAUUUGCUUGCAG